AUGGACUUGACGCAUGAAAGGUCUUCGGUGCCACGGUACUUGUCAGGUCAUCAUGUAGACGUACUUUCGAAGAGGAAUUUGUCGCGUCCCAAAAUGAGCAAGGAAAAAGCCCUCGUUCAACGGUGCUCCAACUUGACGAAAUUCACGAACGGUUAUUGGCGUAUCCUGGUCUUGGAGAGGUCUAUGGAAAAGAACUUGGCGUUCACGGAGACAAGGAGCCGCGGUCUUGGCGUCGAGCAGGGGUGCGAAGGCCAACGAGGGGCGAGGUCGACGCUGUUGUUGCCUGCCAGGAGGCGAAGCAAGGCGGGAGGAUGCCGGUGGAGUAGGGUCGGCCUAGGCGUGAAGCAGCGACCCGAGCAGGGAGCAGGGAGGCCGGAAGGCGCGUUCUGGGAGGCGCCGUGCAGGUUGUCGGCGAGGGCAACGGAGAGGUCCGGCUCGCCGGGCCGACGGACGGCAGGGCAAGGGCCAGCGCGGAGUGGGGCUCGAGCGCUGCAAAGGGAGAAGGACGGCGGGAGCUGCAGGGUGCCAGCGAUGCUGAUGGUCUCACGGGCCAUGCCGGGCGACGGACGCAACUCGGGGGAGGCGCGGAUGCGGGGCCUCGCUAGUGGCCUGCUGGACGGGCGCGAGGAAGGAGACGCUCGGAGGAGGCUCGCGGGCAGGCAGCAGCGCAGCUGCACAGGGCUCCGGCGACGCGAAGACUUGGCGCGGGGUGACGGCGCCAUGGGAGGUGCGCUGUAG